GUAAUCAACGCUUACUUUGUAUACACGUCCUUAAAAUGGCUAGACUUUGGCCGCAAGUCUUUGGACCCGAAACUACCCGAACGUAAUCAAUGGUCGGACAAAGCAAUUGGCGAAUUGGAUAGCCGACGGAAAGUGAUGGCCGGGAAACAUUUCCUGUGUUGGGAUAUAUGGCGGCCAAACUGUGUCUACAAACCGCUCUUCAACUCCAAUAUCUUUCUCACCUUGGGUAGAGUGCUACAAGGGAGAUAUUUUGAAAGCCGAGUGGAC